UAACAUAAAAUAUUUAUUAUUGCCGACACGCUUGCUUUAAUUUAUUAAUUAGCAAAUUUUAAUAGGCGAAGAGGGCGCGCGGAAGAGCGAGCACUUGGAAUAGCGCAACAAUUUCUUCGCACAAAGACAAACAAACCUCGUGCGAGCAAACAAAACGCCGGCAAAGCAAUCAAACACGAAUCAACAAACCCCAACAACAAAUGAAUUUGUGCAGCAAGUGCAAAAGCAAAGGGCGUCGGAGGGAGUGAGAGGCAAACACCUAAGCGCCAGAGGUCAUUUCAAUUGGCGUUUGAUUUACUCGCUCGCGAAAUUCCACAAAAAUUCAAUAAGAAUCAUAUUUUCGCGCGAUCAAGUAGUGUCUUAGUGCUGGCACUAAAGUGGAAAGUGUGCGUCGGUGUUGGUGUAAAGUGCAAGAAGUGUUAAAGUUGUCACAUAGAAAAACAAAAGAAAUAAAAUAAAAUUAAGAAAAAAUAAUAAUUUAAAUCAUUCUUUGGAACAAAAUUUCAAAUUGCUUACAAUUAAUUUUGAGUUUUUGCUCUUCUGCAAACUAAUCGUUAUUAGUUAAUAAAACGACUGCUUAUUUAAAUCACUAAAUAUGGCAAAUCUGAAGGCUGCUUAUCACAUUACUUGGCUGCUUUUGGCCCUCUUGGUGCUCGAAGUGAAAUGCAAUGAAUCAGCAGGCGACCUCCUGCCGCAUCCCUGCUACAAUGUAAAAUGCCCGCCGAUGUCCGAAAUGAACUGCCCGCCGGACAGUAGUGUGCGUGAAAUGCUCAACAGCAUCGAAGUGCAACAGAUCACCGUAGCGCCAACCGAUGCCGCCGACGCCAUGACCUACAAUACCACCGAAAUUGAUGAAGACGUCUAUGCAGAGUGCUGUCUGGCCAAAAAGUGCAUUUGCAAGACCUGCUACAUACCCGACUGUCAUGGUGAAGAUGAAGUGGUCGUCGAGCUGUUGCCCGAAUCGAUGAACAAACCCGGUCAAUGUUGCGGCGAGUAUGAGUGUCAGCGCAAACCGAAGUGCACAGCGGACGAUGAUAGUGAGCUGUAUUGGCUGAAGGGCUGUCAGCGUUGCCACUGUUUUGCGGGCAAACCUAUGUGCAUACAGAUCUGCGAUGAGGCCGUGAAUAAGACCAAAGCCAUUUGCAAGCCAGAAAAAUUGAAUGCGCUCUUUGAGCAUGGCGAAAGCUGGCGUGUCGGCUGCUAUGAAUGCGAAUGCAUCGAUGGUGUUGAAAAGUGCGUGCUGCCGUUCUGCAGCAAUGUCGAUUGUCCGCGCGAACGUCAAGUAACGUUGAAAGAUGGCUGCUGCCCCAUUUGUUGGCCCGACUGUGCGCCCAUGCCAAAGGAAUUGCUGAACGGACGCAGCAGCGUACAUGGCAAAUACGGCAAUGGUCCGCGGCAUUACGACGAUGAGGAUGAAGAAGAUGAUGACGGUCUGGCUGACGAUUUCGUUGAUGAUGCAAAUAGUGCACAGCGUAGCUUUGAUUAUGCUGGCGAAAAUGAGAAUGAUCCAUUGUCGGACAUACAGUUGGGCGAAGCAGAAGCAGUGAAGCUGCAGCAGAACACAACCACCGAAGUGCAAAGCACUACAAAUGUCGCCAGCUCUUCAACAACCGCAGCAGCAGUCAAAACGACCACCGGCCCUGCAACCCAAACGAGCUCCACUGCCGUUCCCGCCAUAUACUUGCCCACAACGCCUACCACAGCAGCGCCUUCUGAGUCGCCGGCUGUGGCGCUUGCCAGCGAACCUGCCAUAGUCACCGCUUGCCCGCCUGCUUUGGCCUCACGUCACGACGGUCCGGCCUCCUUCCAGCUAUACCCCGACGAAGACGACGUCAUGCCCGCAGUUAAAGUCGUCUCGGAAUCAUGCAAGCAUUGGAUGAUUUAUAUUGUUAUCGGCAUCUUGGUCGCCUUCAUUGCGGUGCUGAUAGCUUGGAUCAUACAAUUGCGUUUGAAGCAACGUUCCUACCGGCCGGUCUCGCACAUCGACGACAAUUUCAAUAAGAUGUCCUGUAAUAUCAAGCAAACAAAUGCUUAUGUUUAGAUGAAAGAUGAAUAUAUGUAAUGGAAAAUGGAAAUUGCGAGUGUGAGAGCGUAAGGCAGUUUAUAAUGAGCGUGGAACGUGCAUACUUAUAUUAAUGUGUGUUUCUCUUAGCGCCAGGUCCUCGCUAGUGAAGUUUAAUGUAUGGAAAAAGUUUACGUUAGCAAUGAAGAAAAUUAUGGCCGUCUUAAGCAAACAUUUAAAAUAUUAGCAACGAUAUUAAGUCUUAAGAGUUAAGUUGAUAGAAUUAUAACCUCAUUUUUAUGCAGUUAGAAAAGGGAUCACUUCAUAGAAACUCGCUUAUGGAAGCAUUAAAUCAUAAAAAUUAACGGAGCAAUUUUUUGGAAAGUAUUUAUUGAAUAUUUUCAGUAAAGGUUGUGGGCUUAGAUACUAUCUAGCACACGAACCCAAAUAAGCUAAAUGUGGGUUGGAGAUUUAAAAAAAAGUAUUUUUGUAGUAUACUAUAUAUGCAUGUACUAUAUUUUCAGAAAAGGUUAUGGUCUUAGAUAUCUAGAACCCAAAAAAAGUUAAAGCUGGGCUUGACAGUUCUUGGUCGAAUAUAAAACUAGGUUCAUAGUUAACUGAAAUCGAUUUCAUGUAGGAAGAAACCUUAACUCCUCUGAGUAGACGGAGGAAAGGAUCGGUUAGAUAUGUGAAUAAUUUCGGAGUAUACAGCGGAGUUGACAGCCCUUGAUGAAAUAUAAAUUUGGGUAUAUGAGUUCAGAAAUAAAUUACAUCUGACACAAAACCUUAAAAUCUUUGACUUGAAAGAGGAAAAGAUCUUCUAGAUAUCUCAAACAUGAUUUCGGAGUAUAUUAAGGAGUUGACAGUCCUUGGUGGAAGAUAAAUUUAGGUAUAUGAAUCCAGAAAUAAAUCACAUGUAGCGAGAAAACUUAAAAGCUUAGAGUUAACCUUAGCUAAACACAUAAUACUACCGGAAAACGUCAAAUGCCUAGCCAUUUCAGUCAGAUUAUGUCCAUACCUGGGUACAAGUAUACUCGAAACAAAUAAAAUUAAUUUUAUACAAAUUUUCUAAAAAAAAAUGAUUCAAAAAAUUGCUCGAAACAUCGACAUUCAUACAUACUACUCAAUAAAUAUAUUCGUAAAAUUUCAAUCAUGUAUAUUUUUUCGUUCGAAAUUCCCAACAUUUUUCGCAUAUCGUAGAGAAAAGAUCUCAAUUUUUAAUUUUGAUAACAUUUUUGUUUUAUAUAAAAAAAGUUUUA